GAAUAGGAAGAGACUCGUUAAUCCUUGUCCCGCAUAUCACGGUGAUAUUUACGCGUAUCAGCAUCGAUAUCGACGGACUCAAAGUGUAACAGUUUGCCGUCCUGGUGCGUGUGUUUUGUUGUUCCCUCUUUUCAGUUUCGUUUUGUUUCGAUUGAAAACGGUACACCUCACAAUACGGUCUAUUGUUUGUUCCGUUCGUUUACAUCACGCAAACACACACACGCACGCACACGUACGCGGAUAAGAGAAAGGAUCACCAGAGUGCGCCACGAUGUCCGAAAACAAGAGUCCGAUCAAGUAUUUCCUGUCCGGUGGGUUCGGUGGCAUUUGUACCGUGCUGGCUGGCCAUCCGCUCGAUACGAUCAAGGUGCGUCUACAGACGAUGCCUUUGCCCGCCGCCGGGCAGGCACCUCUGUACGCCGGAACGCUGGACUGUGCCAAGAAAACGAUAGCCCGGGAAGGGUUCCGCGGUCUGUACAAGGGCAUGUCGGCACCGAUCACGGGCGUGGCACCGAUCUUCGCCGUCAGCUUCUUUGGGUUCGGUUUGGGCAAACGGUUACAGCAGAAGACACCGGACGAGGAACUGAACUACACGCAGCUCUUUGCGGCUGGCGCAUUUUCGGGCAUCUUCACGACCACCGUGAUGGCGCCGGGCGAAAGGAUCAAGUGUCUGCUGCAAAUCCAGCAGGGUGGCAAUGCGCCCCAGAAGUACAGCGGCAUGGUGGACUGCGCGAAGCAGCUGUAUGCCGAGGGUGGCAUGCGUAGCAUCUACAAGGGUGCGUUUGCGACGCUGCUGCGUGAUGUGCCUGCGUCUGGCAUGUAUUUCCUCACGUACGAGUACAUCCAGCGGGCGUUGGCACCGAAGGCGGGCGAAAAGAAGGACGCAUCGAUCGGGCUGCUGGGAACGAUCUUUGCCGGUGGUAUGGCCGGUAUCGCUAACUGGGCGAUUGGAAUGCCGGCGGAUGUGCUGAAAUCGAGACUGCAGACUGCACCGGAGGGAACGUACCCGAACGGGAUUCGGGACGUGUUCCGGGAGCUGAUGCGCCAGGAAGGUCCGCUGGCUCUGUACAAGGGCGUUACGCCCGUCAUGUUGCGCGCAUUCCCAGCCAACGCGGCCUGCUUCAUCGGAGUGGAAGUGUUCAUGAAUUUCCUCAAUCUUGUCGCUCCGGGAUUGUAAUACCGGAACACCGAACAGUGUGCAAUACGGUGGGAUAGGGAAACUAGUUUUCUAGUGGUUUUGUUUCGUUUUUUUUCACUUAUUUGUUACCGAGUUUGUAUUACGACACACUCCUUUCUAGAUAAUCGUACAUUGUGACCUCUCGAAGAGUUUUAUAGAAGACAAAACAAAAGUGUUACACAGAUACACGAGCGCACGUACUGCCGGUCAGGGUUUGCUAGGGAGCUAGGGGCUAACAAUCAAGCUGCAUGUUUUCUAUUGUUUUUGUAAUAAAAAGUUAUCAAGCUCUA